UUUCAGGGUUAUCUUUUUUUUGUUUGGCAUGCGUUAGUACUGGAUUGUUCGUUGGGAUGCUAUUUUAUUCAUUCUUCAAAUCACUGGUUGGGAAAGAUGUGGUAGUGGAAUUGAAAAACGACCUGAGUAUCUGCGGUACGUUGCAUUCGGUGGAUCAGUACUUAAACAUGAAACUGACAGAUAUCUCAGUGACUGAUUCGGAACGAUAUCCGCAUAUGCUUUCCGUCAAAAACUGCUUCAUUCGUGGAUCUGUGGUACGAUACGUGCAACUACCUGCUGAUCAAGUGGAUACUCAAUUGUUGCAGGACGCCAGUCGAAAAGAAGUUAUGCAAUCCAAAAGAUCCGCUACUGCCUAAUUUUUUGUGCAACUUUAUCAGUUAAUAGUUGUCUUAACUUUACCCUACUUCCACAUUCACUUUCUCUUGAGUCAGGAAAAAUUGAAUAUUUUUGUCACUGUGACUUAGAGUCUAAGGUUUCCCUUUUUAUUGCAAAAGUUUUCAAACAUUUAACCUCAGGGUCUAACGUCGCAUUUCCUUUUUUCUCUAAUUAAAUUUUGUCUUCAGUUUUUUGUUCACCGAUAUCGUCUAAAAAUAAACUGUUUGCGUAACGA